CAGAGCUAGAACAGUGCCCGGUCACCCAUCUCUCCCAGCAAGGUUGGCAGUAGGAACGCUUGAGAGAGGCCAGUUUAGGGCACAGGGGGCUGACAAUUCAGUGAGCGGAACAGAGAAAAGGAAACACGUGGGAACGGAGACAUUUACACUGUGAGACCAUCUGGGUACCCGUAUAUAUAUAUAGUCACAUCAGCGUCUUCCCUCACCGACUCGCCAGUCUCUCCCUAUAGGCGCCAUCCAAAGCCAGUGGCAUGGCCGCAGACAGCGUGAAGCGGAGGCAGUCAGGAGCCAGCAAGACGGAGGAAGAGGACCGGCAGGCAGCUGAAAAGAUGCUCCACCAGAACGGCAACGCGGAGCCUAAGAGCGGGGAUGGCGCAGCGGUAGAGCUGCAACGCACCAUCACUCUGGUCAAUGGGGUGGCUAUUAUAGUGGGCACCAUCAUCGGCUCGGGAAUCUUCGUCACCCCCACCGGUGUGCUACGAGAGGCGGGCUCCCCCGGGCUGUCGCUUUUGGUAUGGGCCGUGUGCGGCCUCUUCUCCAUUGUGGGUGCUCUGUGUUACGCCGAACUGGGUACCACCAUCUCCAAGUCUGGGGGGGACUAUGCCUAUGUGCUGGAGGUCUACGGUGCGCUGCCCGCCUUCCUAAAGCUCUGGGUGGAGCUGCUCAUCAUCCGGCCCUCGUCGCAAUACAUCGUGGCUCUGGUGUUCGCUACCUACCUGCUCAAGCCCGUCUUCCCUACCUGCCCCGUGCCCGAUGAUGCGGCCAAGAUCGUGGCAUGCCUUUGUAUCUUGCUGCUGACUGCGAUAAACUGCUAUAGUGUGAAAGCAGCUACCAGGGUACAAGAUGCAUUCGCCGCAGCUAAACUUCUGGCCCUUUUACUGAUCAUCAUUCUUGGUUUUGUUCAACUGGGGAAAGGGGGCGUGGAGGAUCUGAAGCCAGAACGUUCCUUUGAAGGAACUAGCACCAAUGUUGGUCAGUGGGUCCUGGCAUUGUACAGUGGGCUUUUUGCCUAUGGAGGAUGGAACUACUUGAACUUUGUUGUUGAAGAGAUGAUUGAACCUUACAAGAAUCUGCCUCGAGCCAUCAUCAUUUCCAUGCCCAUUGUAACCCUGGUUUAUGUUCUUACUAACUUGGCAUAUUUCACUACUCUGACUCCAGAACAGAUGCUGAAUUCAGAAGCUGUGGCUGUUGACUUUGGAAAUUACCAUCUGGGGGUCAUGGCCUGGAUUAUACCAGUAUUUGUCGGAUUGUCAUGCUUUGGUUCAGUUAACGGCUCCCUGUUUACAUCCUCCAGACUUUUCUUCGUGGGAGCCAGAGAAGGGCAUCUUCCUUCCUUACUUGCAAUGAUCCACCCAAGGCUUCUUACUCCAAUGCCGUCACUUAUAUUCACUUGCGCCAUGACGCUCCUCUAUGCUUUCUCUGAUGACAUCUUCUCUGUAAUCAACUUCUUCAGCUUCUUUAACUGGCUUUGCGUAGCCCUGGCUAUCAUUGGUAUGAUGUGGCUUCGUUACAAGAAACCAGAACUAGAGAGGCCUAUCAAGGUUAACAUUUUGCUGCCUAUUUUUUUCAUCCUGGCCUGCAUCUUCCUCAUCGUAGUGUCAUUCUACAUGACACCAGUUGAGUGUGGAAUUGGAUUUAUCAUUAUUUUGACUGGUGUUCCUGUCUACUUCUUUGGAGUCUGGUGGCAGAAUAAACCCGACUGGAUCCUGCAUGGCAUCCAUUCUAGUACUGCGCUCCUUCAGAAGGUCAUGGAGGCUGUCCCCCAGGAGUCCUAAUUCCAAUAAAGUUUUUGCUCUCUUUAAACGCACAGAAAAAAAACCUGUAUUUUGCAAAGGAUUUAAUAAAGGUAGUAGUGAAAUACUCCUUCCAACCACCAUACUUAUCUUGACCCCAACACCUAUGGAGACAGAUUCCUAAUACCACCAGCCACAACAGGAGGAUCUUGGUAUGAAGACAAGAUUUAUUCCCUGGUAAUGGGGAAAUAAUGGGUUAUGGGUGCACUCUAUGAGGUAUAUUCCACAUCUACAAGAAUUCUUCUGCAGCAUCAAAGGAACCGCUGUUCAAUAACACCACUGUAUUAACUGUAAGAUGCUCAUUGAUCUGCUAGCACUCUUAUCUUUCUGAAAUAGACUAUGUAUUAGAACUAGUAACGUUAGUAUAAUAGGCCAGAGGGCAUAGCAGACAGAUCAGAGUUUCCAAAGUUUUAAAUUCUUCAUCUCGACACCUAACAAAAAAAAAAUCAUUUUGAGACACUCCAUAAAGGCACAAAGUUCAUCUCUGUUAGAAGGAUUCAUUUGUACAAAGUCAAUGUAAGGCCAAUGGUAUAUUGACCAAAGUUCCUACUUCCCAUUGUGCAGAGGAUCCACUGAAGGACAAAGACAACAACCACAUAUUAUGAGCAUUGGAACGGCUGCUUUUUGGUAUUUGUAGAACUGUACACUGAACAAUAUUUUAAUUACUGUCUUAUUCAAGGAAUGCUAAACAUGUAUACGGUAUGCUAACCAUACUUUAUUAUGUUGCCUUAACUUGUCCCAAACAUCCAACUCAGCUGCUAUGGACAUUUUCAUUGUGGUCGCUAAUGAAGAGAAGCAUAAUAUAGAGCAAAUACACUCUUAUACCUUUCUGUUUGUCCUGCGCACAAAUACUGGGCUCCCCACUCAUGGCAACGCAACACCAUCUGCAAAGCUUGGUCUCAGUUGUAUCAAGGGACACUAGUGCAUCCCCACUGAGCUGCUCAAGUUUUAAUUCUAUUGUCAUUUGGAUGCAGAGCCAACGUUAGAUUUUUUUUUAUACAAAUAGGAAACAGAAGUAAAAAUAUAUUUUGCAGUACAUGUGUAGAUUUUAAUGCUCUUGCUGUUAGCUAUUUUACUUACUAAUUUAAUUAAUUUUAUAUCUCUGUGAGUAGUCAGUUUUCUUAAUUUAUUUCUCUGUAUGUUGUUAGUUUUAAAAAAAACUUUAACAUUUAUGUUUUGAAAUGCAGGGUCUGGUUCUUAUAGUACUACAAGCAAGUUAAGGGAGUCCUUCUGGCAAUGAUAUGUUAGCAAGUGUCAUGAAACUCAUCCAAUGAUAAUUACACUAAUAAUCUGUAUCAUUUUAAUGUGAGCAUGCAGUAUUAGAUAUGUUCUCUCAUUGAGAUUAAAGGAACAGUAACACCACAUUUUUUUAAUGCUUGAUCCCCCCCAAACAGCUUUGAUAAUAGUUAAGGCUUACUUCCCCUUGGAUUUUUUCAAAUCUUCAGCUUGAAUUUGAUUUCAAAGUGCCCCAUAGGACAAAGGUGACGGCAGCUUGAAUUCCUUUGUACGCUGAACCGUAAGUUAGCUUCAUACUUAAAGCAUCUUAGCUUUUUUUUUUCAGCCUCUGCAGCUUAAAUAUAUGCUCACAUCACUACCCCCAAAGCUGUCCAAAGGAAUAGAAACAUACAUUUAAGCUGCAGACACUGACAAAAGCUUAGAUGCAUUUAGCAGCUUUUAGGGCUGGAGGGGCGACAACCUCUGCUGCAGAAGAAAGACGAGGUUGCCUAAAACAUUUUCUGAAGAUAUAGUCAGACCACCAUAAAUGUAGAUAUAUUCAGAAUGCUUUGAACCUUUGCCUUUCAGUUUUAUAAAAGGUUUAAUUCCGCUUAUAUAUAGCAUUUAGUGGUUUUGCAUUUUUUUCCUUCAUGUAAAAUGGAAUGUGCCAUUGAUUUGAUUUAAAGAUAACUAAAUAGAAGAUGUUGGCUUUAUUUUUAUCUCAGCUGUAGUUGCAAAUUAAAUGUCAAAAACUUAUCACAAAUCCAUAAAUCUAAUAUUUGAAAAAGGAUCAAAAAUUGUGAUUGGAUUCUUACUCAUUAAUGCAGAUCUGUGAGGAUUUCAUGGUUCCAUGCGAUCCAGCUGCUAAUGGCAGAAAGAGUGUCAGCAUGUGAGCCAAACAGCGUUCCCAUUUAUCUCUGUGUUGUGCCAUCCUAUUUGCAUGCAAAUCAGUCUUCAUCAACUGGGCAGAUACAGAUUUACAUUGGGAAUUUGUUUUUCAAAAACCAGAACGAGUGGCACUGAAUGCAGUCACAACAGACAGUCAUAUCAAUGUUUUGUCUGAUUUUGUGUUUAACUAAUUCACUAGAAAGUUAAAGUACCAGCAUUCACAGAACAGGCAAAGAGCUGAUUAUAAAUUGAAUGGAGAUGCUGUAAUUUGUCUUAGGGAAGAAAGAAUUUACCUGGAAUAGGAAAUAGUCCCCCAUCUUAGCCUAAAGAUAUUUUACAAAUGUUUCACAUACAAAUAGGAACCCAGCUUUAAGCAUUUUUAACUGUUUGUAUUGUGGGGCCACAUCUUGUAAUUUUUCAGAUAUACUGUGUAAUUUUUUGAGAUGUAAAACUUCCAACUGAAUAUUUAGAUAUGUAAAUAUAUGUGAUGUAAAAUAUUAACUUCAGAAAUGACCUGUUGGAUUUUGAUGUUGUGUUUGCCACCAGCAACCAAGACGUAUUAACAUUUUUAUCGAGACACUGAAAUGGGACCUCUGCAGUAUUCCGACUGUACAUGUGGUGUUGUCUGAUUUUUUAUUUCUGUGUAAUUCAUUCUUUUUCCUAAAUAAAGCUGCCCAUGAAAAUCAAA